CGUAAAGGCUGUUUAUUUUUGGGUUUUCAUUCGUUCUACAAGGUUUUUUCUUGAGUAAUGUGCUUCCUGGCUGUGUCAGACUGUACAUCGUGUUUGAAAAUCAGUUGACGAAGCAGCAAUGACCACGAAAACGAAAAUGAGCAGUUCUGAGGAGGUAUCCUGGAUUUCGUGGUUUUGCAAUCUUAGAGGCAAUGAAUUUUUUUGUGAGGUGGAUGAAGAUUACAUUCAAGACAAGUUUAAUUUAACUGGACUAAAUGAGCAAGUACCAAAUUAUAGGCAAGCAUUAGAUAUGAUUCUUGAUCUUGAACCCGAUCGUUUGUAUUUCAUAGAGGAUGAAUUAGAUGGCCAUACAAAUCCGUCUGAAUUAACUGAACAAGCAGCAGAAUUACUUUAUGGGCUAAUUCAUGCACGUUACAUUCUUACUAAUCGUGGUAUUGCUCAAAUGAUUGAAAAAUAUCAAGCUGGGGACUUUGGUCACUGUCCACGUGUAUAUUGUGAAUCCCAACCUAUGUUGCCUCUGGGUCUUAGUGAUGUUCCUGGAGAGGCAAUGGUUAAAAGUUAUUGUCCUAAAUGUAUGGAUGUUUAUACACCGAAAAGCUCCCGACAUCAUCAUACUGAUGGAGCAUAUUUUGGAACAGGAUUUCCUCAUAUGCUUUUUAUGGUUCAUCCAGAAUAUAGACCCAAACGUGCAACAAAUCAAUUUGUACCUAGGUUAUAUGGCUUUAAAAUUCAUCCUCUAGCAUAUCAGUUUCAACAACAGUCUGCAUCAACAUUUAAAGCACCAAUGCGAACUGCUAAUUACAAUAAUGGAAAACGUUAAGAACAUUGCAAAUAGUCUAGAACAUUUUUUCAUUACUCAAAAUACAAUUCCUAAUUUCGUCCCUAAGGAUUAAAUAAAAUAUUAUUUUUUAUAUUGAUCUUUACACAUCUUAGCAAGGCGCUGAAAUACCAAUUG